AUGUAUGGACUAAGGAGUUAUUUAUCGCGCGUCCGUCCUGCGGUCAGGUUCCUGGGCACGUCGCCGUCACUCAUGACAGAAUUGGAGGUGCAAGAACAAGCAAGUCAUGUGUACCAUGUUCAGCUCAAUCGGCCGAAUCGUCGGAACACUUUCACAUUGGAUCUAUGGAAGAAGAUGAAGACUGUUUUUGACGAGCUUGCCGAAGAACCAAAAUGCCGUGCAAUUGUUAUUUCCGGGAUUGGAAAGUCGUUUUGCGCUGGAAUUGACUUACAACAAGGUAUGGGGGAACUUGUUGGAAUGUUGAUGGAUGACAAAGUUGAGGUUGGACGAAAAGGACGCAUUCUACAACGUAUAAUUACUACUUGUCAGGACGGCUUUACGGCGAUAGAGAAUUGUCCGAAACCCGUUAUUGCCGCGAUACACUCUCACUGUGUUGGAGCAGGUGUAGAUUUGAUCACAGCCUGUGAUAUUCGCUACGCCAGCAGCGAUUCCAUGUUUAGCAUAAGGGAAGUUGACAUUGGCAUGGCGGCAGAUGUAGGAACAUUAAAUCGAAUGCAAAAGAUUGUCGCAAAUGACAGCUGGACCCGUGAACUGGCAUUUACGGCCAGAGAUGUUGGCGCCGAUGAGGCGCUUAAGUAUGGACUGAUUUCUCGCAUUUUUACUACGCAAGAGAGCGUGGUUGAGGGAGCAUUGGCAUUAGCUGAACGAAUUGCAAAGAAGAGCCCUAUUGGUGUGCAAGGGACUAAAGUGGUGCUAAAUCAUGCUCGAGAUCAUACUGUACGCGAUUCGCUAAAUUUCGUUAAAACGUGGAACAUGAGUCAGCUACAGUCUACAGAUUUGCAACACAGUGCUCUUGCUGCUAGGAAUAAGCAGGUGGUAGAAUAUGAGAACGUCUAA